GGAUGUAGAAUUAUACCCAUUCUUACGACCUCUGCUUUUGAUGUCCACAUUAUAAAUAUCAACAUGAACACUGAUUUCAUUUUCAUCCGUUAUGCCUAAAUAGUGAAGGGUUUAGACUGGUCUGGUCCGGGUCAGGAUUCGAAGAGACAGUCGUGACACAGAUCAUCAGGUGACAGUGGGCAAUGUCUGUUGAUAAAAUGAAUUAGUUCGUGGUUUUGCUUAGUUUGAUCUCACUAUUUGCAAUGUUUUAGUUACUAAGUGGAAACAUAGCUAAUGUCACCAUGGGUGCCAAUUCUUCCGAAGAGACAUCUUACACUGUUUUAUGAACAUUUGAACAAUUUUAUUCAUUUGUCACGUUAGCGCUGAAUUUACAAUUUUAGUGAGGAGUAGGCUAUGCUGUGUGAAAUACUGCCUUAUAGUUGACGUCCAGAGCAUGUAGGAAGUUUGUCUGUCUUCUAAUGAACAAGGUAGAUAACCUGUCAAAUUGUGAUUAUAGAUAUGGAUUUUCGAGGUAAAAAGUAUGAGCGUGGGAGCAACUGGUCUGACCCGGAGGUGGCCGAGUUGUUGCAGCUUUGGGCGGACGAGUCGGUCCAGAUUGAGUUAGAGAGCUGUCUGCGGAACCAGCACGUUUUCAAUCGCAUCGCGGAGGUUUUGCACGGGAAAGGAAUUUUCCGGACGGGGGAUCAAUGUAGGGAGAAAAUUAAAAAGAUGAAACUGGAAUACCGCCGCAUUAAAGAAAACCAGAAGAGAACCAUUCGGGGUGGAAGGACCUGGAAGUUUUAUGAAGUCAUGGACCGUGUCUUGACGAACCGACCAUCCUUGUCCUACUCUUCAGGAGGGGGUGGUAUCAUGGCUCAUCAGCUUCUGCCAGGAGCGGGUUACUCAGACGCAUACCUCCAUGGCCUGCCAACAACAGCUUUCGGGUCUGCAACAUCAGGUUCCUAUUUGUUUAGUCACCCCCCUAAACCUGGUGACUUGCUGGAGAUCAAAAGCGAAGAUGUCAACUCUGAGGACGGAAUCCUGUGCUCAGGAGCCCCUGCCGAACUGUUGUAUCACAUCGGGUCAUGUGACGAGCCUGAUGCCGACAGUAAAUCACUGGGAGCCGAUAUUGAGGACUCGGCGGAGGCGGGAAGAGCGGAGGGCGUUACUCACGCGCGACUGUCUCCUUCAGGAAUUAGUGAUCAGAACAUGGCCGGUUCCUCAGGCACAGGUGUAUCUGUGCGAGAAGGUGGCGGUGGGGGCGAGGAAAGGCCCAGGUCACGUGACCGAGGUGGCCUGAAAGGCCCGAGCUCCUUGCGUCAGCGCAAGCGUCGGCGUGUGGGGCGGGGGACGUGUGGCGGAGGUGGGAAUCGCCGCACCGUGGACGAGGCCCUGCUGAGCUUCCUUACCUGGCAGCGGGCGGCUGAAGAGCGCCUUCUCUCCCUGGAGGAGGCGCGUUUGGAGCGGGAAACGCAGGCCGAGGAGCGCCGCCAGCGCCUGGAGGAGCGUCGCUCUGAGCAGGAGCGCCAACACGAGCUGCGCCUCCUCUCACUUUUUGCUGGAGCUCUGACGGCUGCCGGGGGCCGAACUGAGGGUCUCUUGCCUACUGUGGCAGCUCCCUCUUUAGCACCCACCCCUUCCCCUAGGUGUCCCUCUCCUUCUGCUGCCCCUGCUUCUUCCCAUCCCACGUCCUGUUCAGUCAGGGGACCUGAUGCUCCUGGGCACAGCAUCUUCCUCUCUCGCCGUGGCAACCGCAUCCGUCAGCACCAGGGUAUCCUGCAGGAAGGCUUCACACAGUACCAUGCAGACAAGUACAGUCAGGACAACCCCAAUGGCGUUAUUAACAUGGGUACCAGUGAGAACAAGCUCUGCUAUGACCUGCUUCACCAACGGUUGACUCAGCCUGACAUGUUCUGCCUCGAGCCCUCCCUGCUGCAGUAUCCAGACUGGAAAGGCCACCCAUUCCUCCGGGAGGAAGUAGCCCGUUUUCUGACCCAGUACUGUCGCUCUGUGGAUCCUCUGAAGGCAGAGAAUGUGGUGGUGAUGAAUGGCUGUGGCUCUCUCUUCUCAGCCAUCGCAGCUGUGCUGUGUGACCCUGAAGAUGUGAUCCUCAUCCCCACACCUUUCUAUGGGGUCAUCACUGAGGACGUGCAUCUCUAUAGCAGCGUGCGGCUCUUUCAUGCUCACCUGAGUGCACAGCCAAGUGGCAGUGCCAACAGACCUUUUCACUUGACGGUUGAUAUUCUGGAAACUACCCUCUCAAAAGCAAAGAAAGAGGGUGUGAAUGUUAAAGCGGUCAUACUGGUAAACCCCCAUAAUCCACUGGGAGAGAUGUACUCUUCUGAGGAGAUGACUGACUUCCUGGAGUUUGCUAAAAGGCACAAGCUCCAUGCCAUUGUGGAUGAAGUCUACAUGCUGACAGUGUUUGAUGAGGCAGUGUCCUUCCACAGUGUCCUCAGCCUUGACCGGUUGCCAGAUCCCCAGAGGACCCAUGUGCUAUGGGGACUGAGUAAGGACUUUGCCUUGGCUGGCAUACGUGUUGGCACACUGUACUCCCAGAACAGGGCGCUGGUGGAGGCACUGGACCAACUGGGCUGUUUCCAUGGUGUGCCAGGACCCGUCCAGCACCAGGUGGCACGUCUGUUACAGGACAAGGACUGGAUCAGUGAGGAGUUCCUGCCCACCUGCAGAAAGCGCCUGCGGGCGGCUCACAGCUUCCUGGCGGAGGAGCUGAGGAAGAUGGACGUGCCCCACCUCCACCGGCCCGUCGGCUUCUUCAUCUGGGCCGACUUCAGCAAGUUCCUGUCUGAGGCCUCGUUCCCUGCGGAGCUGGAGCUGUGGCGGCGGUUCCUGAGGCACCGUGUGGUGCUGAGCUGUGGCCAGGCCUUCUCCUGCUCCAGCCCCGGAUGGUUCCGCAUCGUCUUCACUGACCAGGAGAGCCGCCUGCAUCUCGGCAUGCAGCGGAUCAGGCAGGCCCUGGACGAGUUGGAGUCAGGGAGACUCCACGACACGGGAGAAUCGGGAGAAUCGGGACAAUCGAGCGCUGAAGUGACCAGUGCAAGAAGGAGGAAGGAGAAGGAGGCCUCAGACAAAGCCAUAUACGGUGUCACGAGGGAGGCGGUGGGACCCACGGGGUCCCAGGAGCCUCGCCUGGAGAACUCCGCAGGAGAGUCCAGCUCUGCCGCCACUGCUGCUGACACGGACGAGGUUUGCCUGGACGCAGAGGAACUCGUGGUGCUGGACUGCCAGAGCACUCAGUCGGGCUUAAAACUGGACAGUCUCAUCGGGGAGCUGCGGCAGCAGAUCAGCUCCUCUGAUUGGCUGGUGAAAAACACUCCAGUACUGUCUGCCGGGGAAGACCCGGAGCUGUUUGAUGUGUUUAAAGAUCUGCUGGACAGAGCCAGGAAGUAGAGAAAUACCAGUGGCGUCCUCUCAACAAGCUGAGAAACACGAGUGGCGUCCUCUCGACAAGCGGCUCCUGCUAACUGCUGGGACUCUCAACGCUCAGAUCUCUGCCUUUUAGAGAUGGUAAAGGAUCUGAAAGCUUAAAGACUUAAAACCAGCAUCAAUGGUUAUAGAGCUAUUGGGAAAUUGCCAACCUCAUGCUGGCCUUCAGUCAAAAGCUUCUUUUUCUUCAAGUUCAUCUAAAAUGUCCACUUCUCUGUUUACAUUUUCUUCCUUGCCACUUGCCAGUCAUUGCUGUCAUUUUUAUGUCUUAAGCUGUGGGCUCUCUUAGGUCUUGUUUGUUGUUUUGGAAGCUAUAAAAGAAUGUUUUCUACGCAGAUGUCAGAUGUGUGGACAUUUGCUUGCUAGCACUUUCAAUGUGUGUGUGUUUUUGACAUCAGCUUUUUUUAAUGAUAUGACGGCUUCAGUAAUGGAUCUGGAAUAAAUGACACAUUCUGACUUUUGAG